AUGGCUCUGGUGCUGCAGCUCCGCUCCGUCUCCGGCCUCCGCGGCAAAGGCGACCGCAUCGCCAAGGCGGCGUUCCGGGGACUUUCAUUCUACACCCGAGUGCUGGAAAACUGCGAGGACGAGGCCAAGUUUGACGAGACUUUCCGCUGGCCGGUGGCGACCAACAUCGAUGGGAAUGAGAUCCUGGAGAUCCAGGUGUUCAACUACAGCAAAGUCUUCACCAACAGGCUCAUCGGGACAUUCCGAAUGGUCCUGCAGAAGGUGGUGGCGGAAGGGCAGCUGGAGGUGACGGACACGCUCAUCGACGACAACAAUUCUGCCAUCCAGACCAGCAUCUCCAUAGAGAUCCGCUACCAGGCUCUGGAUGGGACCAUGGGCACCUGGAAUGACAAGGAAUUCCUGGAGACGCCCAGCGUGCACUCGGAGGGGGACGGGAGGUAUUCCCUGGAGACCGACAGCCUCCUGUCCGGCCACCGGCACAGCUCCGAUGUCUCUCCCGGGAAAUCCAACCAGCAAUCCACGGAGAGGAGCUUCAGGAGGAUGGAAGAGGACGAGCUGUAUUUCCACAGCGAGGAUGAGCUCCUGGGAGAGGGGGAUUCCCUCAGCCAGGGGUCCCUGGACACGAGCCUUGGAGACGAAGCGGAAGAAGAUCAGCAUUCCAGGAUUAAGUUUAACGAUGGAUACAAGGCAGUGGCAAGCGAAGACCCGGAAGAUCCCAGAGCCAAGGCCAAAGGGAAAGAGAAAAAGCACCUGGUGUUGCCAUUCAGCAAAGGCAAGGAGAAGACCAAGGAGCACAAAGCUGGAAAAGGAGUUUUUUCAGCCAUGAAGCUUGGAAAGACACGUCCUUCCAAGGAUGAGCAUCGCAAACAAGAUGAUCCGGCUGUUCUGGAAACAGAAGACCUGGAUAGAAAGGCCAUGAGAUACGGAGCAGGCCUGGAGCCAGACACCAUCUCCCUGGCCUCUGUCACCGCUGUCACCACCAAUGUCUCCAACAAAAGGUCCAAGCCCGACAUCAGGAUGGAGCCGAGUGCCGGGAGGCCCAUGGAUUACCAGGUCAGCAUCACCAUCAUCGAGGCCCGGCAGCUCGUGGGGCUCAACAUGGACCCCGUGGUGUGCGUGGAGGUGGGGGAGGAGAAGAAAUACACGUCCAUGAAGGAAUCCACCAACUGUCCUUACUACAAUGAGUAUUUCGUCUUUGAUUUCCACGUCCCCCCCGAUGUCAUGUUCGACAAAAUCAUCAAGCUCUCCGUGAUUCACUCCAAAAACCUCCUGAGGAGCGGGACGUUGGUGGGAUCCUUCAAGAUGGAUGUUGGGACUGUUUAUACCCAGCCUGAGCACCAGUUCUACCACAAAUGGGCCAUCCUGUCCGACCCCGAGGACCUGACGGCUGGCCUCAAGGGCUACCUCAAGUGUGACAUCGCCGUGGUGGGCAAAGGGGACAACAUCAAGACCCCACACAAGGCCAACGAGACGGAGGAGGAUGACAUCGAAGGGAACCUGCUGCUCCCCGACGGGGUGCCCCCGGAGCGGCAGUGGGCUCGGUUCUACAUCAAGAUCUACCGCGCCGAGGGGCUGCCGCGCAUGAACACCAGCAUCAUGGCCAACGUCAAGAAGGCCCUCAUCGGGGAGAACAAGGACCUGGUGGACCCCUACGUGCAGGUGGCCUUCGCGGGGCAGAAGGGAAAGACAUCCAUACAGAAGAGCAGCUACGAGCCCCUCUGGAACGAGCAGAUCAUCUUCACAGAGAUGUUCCCCCCGCUGUGCAAGCGGAUCAAGAUCCAGAUCCGGGACUCGGACAAGGUCAACGAUGUGGCCAUCGGGACCCAUUUCAUUGACCUGAGGAAGAUCUCCAACGAAGGGGACAAAGGCUUCCUGCCCACCUUCGGCCCCGCCUGGGUGAACAUGUACGGCUCCACGCGGAACUACACCCUGAUGGACGAGCACCAGGAGCUCAACGAGGGCCUGGGCGAGGGCGUCUCCUUCCGCGCCCGGCUCCUGCUGGGCCUGGCCGUGGAGAUCCUGGACACCACCAACCCCGAGAUCAACAGCUCCACUGAGGUGCAGGUGGAGCAGGCCACGGCGGUGGCUGACAACUGCAGCGGGAAGAUGGAGGAAUUCUUCCUUUUCGGAGCCUUCCUGGAGGCCACCAUGAUCGACAGGAAGAUUGGGGACAAACCCAUUAACUUUGAGGUCACCAUAGGUAACUAUGGCAACCAGGUGGAUGGCUCCAGCAAACCCCUCCUGAGAAGGAAGAAAGAGGGAGGGGAUGGCGACGAGGAGGAGUCGGAGCUGCUCCAGAACUCCAGUGACGAUGAAGGUGGCGAGGACGGAGAGCUGGUUUCUGUUUCUUCAUCCCAGCCCAUGAAGCCCCUGGUCACGGACAGGAAUUACUUCCACCUGCCCUACCUGGAGAAGAAGCCCUGCAUCUACAUCCGGAGCUGGUGGCAGGACCAGCGGCGCCGGCUCUACAACGCCAACAUCAUGGACAAGAUCGCGGACAAGCUGGAGGAGGGCCUCAACGACGUGCAGGAGAUGAUCAAGACGGAGAAGCCGCACCCGGAGCGCCGGCUCCGAGGGGUCCUGGAGGAGCUGAGCAGCGGCUGCCUGCGCUUCCUGACCUUGGCUGACAAGGACCAGCACCACUCGUCCCGCACCAGGCUGGACCGGGAGAGGCUCAAAUCCUGCAUGCGGGAGCUGGAGAACAUGGCCCAGCAGGCCACGGCCCUGCGCUCCCAAGUCAAGAGGAACACCAUGAAGGACAAGCUGAAGCUGGUGCAGAACUUCCUGCAGAAGCUGCGGUUCCUGGCGGACGAGCCCCAGCACACGAUUCCCGACGUUUUCAUCUGGAUGAUGAGCAACAACAAGCGCGUCGCCUACGCCCGCAUCCCUUCCAAGGACAUCCUGUACUCCAUCGUGGACGAGGAGAUGGGCAAGGACUGCGCCAAAGUGAAGACGGUUUUCCUCAAGCUCCCCGGGAAGAGGGGCUUCGGCCCUGCCGGCUGGACAGUCCAGGCCAAGAUGGAGAUCUACCUGUGGCUGGGCCUCAACAAGCAGCGCAAGGACUUCCUCAGCGGCCUCCCCUGUGGCUUCGAGGAGAAGAAAACCCCCCGAGGCCAAAACCUGCCCUCCUUCCCGCCCAUCAGCCUCCUGUACACCAAGAAACAGGUGUUCCAGCUGCGAGCCCACAUGUACCAAGCCAGGAGUUUGUUCGCCGCCGACAGCAGCGGGCUCUCGGACCCCUUCGCUCGGGUCUUCUUCAUCUCCCAGAGCCAGUGCACCGAGGUUCUCAACGAGACCCUGUGCCCGACCUGGGACCAGCUCCUGGUGUUCGACAACGUGGAGCUGUACGGGGAAGCUCACGAGAUGCGGGAUGACCCCCCCAUCAUCGUCAUCGAGAUCUACGACCAGGACACCGUGGGAAAAGCCGACUUCAUGGGCCGGACGUUCGCCAAGCCGGUGGUGAAGAUGUCGGACGAGCAGUACUGCCCGCCGCGCUUCCCGCCACAGCUGGAAUAUUACCAGAUCUACCGCGGCAAUGCCACAGCCGGGGACCUGCUGGCCGCCUUCGAGCUGCUCCAGAUCGGCCCUGGGGGUAAAUCAGACCUGCCCCCCAUCGACGGCCCCACGGACAUGGACCGAGGUCCCAUCCUGCCCGUGCCCCUGGGAAUUCGGCCGGUGCUGAGCAGAUACAGAGUGGAGAUCUUGUUCUGGGGGCUCAGGGACCUGAAGAGAGUGAACCUGGCCCAGGUGGACCGGCCCCGCGUGGACAUUGAGUGUGCCGGGAAGGGCGUCCAGUCUGCCCUGAUCCAGAACUACAAGAAAAACCCCAACUUCAGCACUUUGGUCAAGUGGUUUGAGGUGGACCUCCCGGAGAACGAGCUGCUGCACCCGCCGCUGAACAUCCGCGUGGUGGACUGCCGCGCCUUCGGCCGCUACACGCUGGUGGGCUCGCACACCGUCAGCUCGCUCCGCAAGUUCAUCUACCGCCCGCCCGACAGGAAAGCCCAGCACUGGAACAUGGCAGGGGAGAUCGUGGUCAACAUGGAACCCGAGGUCCCCAUCAAGAAGAUGGACACGAUGGUGAAGCUGGAAGCUAAUUCCGAUGCAGUGGUGAAGGUGGAUGUGACCGAGGAAGAGAAGGAGAAAAAGAAGAAGAAGAAGAAAGGAGGAGGAGGAGGAGGAGGAGGUGGGGAGGAAGUGGAGGAGGAGGAGCCGGACGAGAGCAUGCUGGACUGGUGGUCCAAGUACUUCGCUUCCAUUGAGACGAUGAAGGAGCAACUCCGGCAGCAGGAAGCAGCCGCGGCAGAAGCUGAGGAGAAGGAGGAGAUGGAGAUUGGAGAGGACACCAAACUUGGUGACUCUCCCAUGAAAGGCUCCAAGGCCCAGGUGAAGAACAAGGACAAGGACAAGGACAAGUCCAAGGCACCCAAAGAUGACAAGAAAAAGAAGCAGCAGCCUGUCCCUGAGCUCCCCGAGAAGAAGAACAAGCAGAAGAUCGAUGAACUCAAGGUCUUCAACAAAGAGCUGGAAACAGAGUUUGACAACUUUGAGGAUUGGCUGCACACCUUCAACCUGCUCCGGGGAAAGAUUGGGGACAACGACGACAACGCCACGGAGGAGGAGCGGAUAGUGGGCAGGUUCAAGGGCUCCAUGUGCGUCUACAAAGUGCCGCUCCCCGACGACAUCAGCAAGGAGGCAGGGUACGACCCCACCUUCGGGAUGUUCCAGGGGAUCCCCAGCAACGACCCCAUCAAUGUGCUGGUCCGAGUCUACAUCGUGCGGGCCACGGACCUGCACCCGGCUGACAUCAACGGGAAAGCCGAUCCCUACAUCGCCAUCAAGCUGGGCAAGACGGACAUCAAGGACAAGGAGAACUACAUCUCCAAGCAGCUGAACCCUGUUUUUGGGAAAUCCUUUGAUAUCGAGGCCACCUUCCCCAUGGAGUCCAUGCUGACCGUGGCUGUGUACGACUGGGAUUUGGUGGGCACUGACGACCUCAUUGGUGAGACCAAGAUUGACCUGGAGAAUCGCUUCUACAGCAAGCACCGGGCGACCUGCGGCGUGUCCCAGACCUACUCCAUCCACGGGUACAACACCUGGCGUGACCCCAUGAAGCCCUCCCAAAUCCUGUCCAAGCUGUGCAAAGAGGGAAAAGUGGAUGGGCCGCACUUUGGGCCAGGGGGAAGAGUGAAAGUUGCCAACAGGGUCUUCACCGGCCCCACGGAGAUCGAGGAUGAAAAUGGCCAGAAGAAGCCGACGGACGAGCACCUGGCGCUGGCGGUGCUGCGGCACUGGGAGGACAUCCCGCGGGCCGGCUGCCGCCUGGUCCCCGAGCACGUGGAGACGCGGCCGCUGCUCAACCCCGACAAGCCGGGCAUCGAGCAGGUCCCACCUUCCAGCGGGAAUGGGGGCACCCCGCAGGGGUACGAGCUCAGGGUGAUCGUGUGGAACACCGACGAGGUCAUCCUGGAGGACGACGACUACUUCACCGGCGAGAAAUCCAGUGACAUUUUUGUCAGGGGGUGGCUGAAGGGGCAGCAGGAGGACAAGCAGGACACGGAUGUCCAUUACCACUCCCUCACUGGGGAGGGCAACUUCAACUGGCGCUACAUCUUCCCCUUCGACUACCUGAUGGCCGAGGAGAAGAUCGUCAUCUCCAAGAAGGAGUCCAUGUUCUCCUGGGACGAGACCGAGUACAAGAUCCCGGCCCGCCUCACCCUGCAGGUCUGGGAUGCCGACCACUUCUCAGCCGAUGAUUUCCUGGGGGCCAUCGAGCUGGACCUGAACCGCUUCCCCCGGGGAGCCAAGACGUCCAAGCAGUGCAGCCUGGAGAUGGUGACCAACGAGGCUGAGCUGCCCAUGAUCUCCAUCUUCAAGCAGAAGCGGGUCAAGGGCUGGUGGCCGUUCGUGGCCAGAGACGAGAACGAUGAGCUGGAGAUCACCGGCAAAGUCGAGGCUGAGCUGCACCUUCUGACAGCGGAGGAGGCUGAGAAAUCCCCUGCUGGGCUGGCAAGAAAUGAGCCUGAUCCCCUGGAGAAACCCAACCGCCCGGACACGUCGUUCAUCUGGUUCCUGAACCCGCUCAAGUCCAUCAAAUACCUCAUCUGCACCCGCUACAAGUGGCUGAUCAUCAAGAUCGUGCUGGCCCUGCUGCUCCUCGUCAUGGUGGCCCUGUUCCUCUACAGCAUGCCCGGAUACAUGGUCAAGAAGCUGCUGGGAGCAUGA